GUCUGAAAUUGAAGAAGUUAAAAAAAGAAUCGAUAAAGAAAAAGACCCAGAGGAAAAACAGAAAUUGCAACAACUUUUAAAUAAAUUGCAAUCUAGAGCUGCGCAUGAGAGUAAUUUAAACUUAGUCGUUUUCAUUAACUCUAUUAAUGUAAUACUGUUACGUUUAUUCAAUUUAGCCGAAGAAAAGAAAUUGGAACUUGUUGACAAAUUUAAAAAAUUCCAGAAAUCAGAUUCCAAAGUGCUUGAGAAAGUCAUUGAAAAGCGAAGGAAAAAGAAUGCAUCAAAAGAGCACAGAUAUGUCCCGUUUAAACGACGGUGCAAAAUAGAUUCGUGA